ACAAGCACAGGAGGAGGGGAGAAAAAGGCCAGAGGAGGUGAAGUGGAGGAGGAAGAAAACAUUUUUAGCCCUUUUUCCUCCCGUUUGAUUGUGUUUGCAGAUCUGGAGCUGCUGCCUUUACCUCGGUCGCUCCUCCCAAUGCAAUGGCAAAUGCUUUGAAGCCAUAGUUUUAUUCCGGCCAUAAAAGAAAUCUACUCACUGAGUGAACUGCACCUUAACCUCAGAGAGACAGAGAGAGAGAGUGAACACAGACCUGAGCAGCUCUGUUAUUGUUUGUCUCGCCUUUUGGAAAGAAGGUAGGUGAAUCCCACUCGAGGGGAUUUCAGUGUGGAUAACUUCAAGGUAAACAGCAAGCAGGUGUUAUGGAUCUGCGGCGUUUCCCGAGCUGGAGAGUCGCCCUGCUGCUUCUCUUGAUGCCAUGCGGGCGCCAGUGUGUGUCGGUGCACAUCCUCAACGAGGAGCCGCUGCACGUCAUCCCCAGCUCAAGUCUGGUUCUGAAAGCCAGCAUCCAGUCGGGGCCCCUGGAAAAGGUCUCCUUGGUAACCUGGGAACGUCAGGCCGAAACUGGAAUUGCUCCCACGACAGAGACACUGGCCACAUGCCCUGGCGAUAGCUCCAAGUGCUCUGAUAUGAGGCCAAACGUCCGUGUGAACGUGGAGCAGCAGGGGACGACACUUCAGAUUAAUGGAUACAGCAAAGAGGACAGCGGCGUGUACGCUGUGACUGUGACGGAUCACAGGGGGGCCAAGACCACCGCUCACUGCAUCGUCAGGGAAUAUGAGCCCGUGCACCACGUCUCGGUCAGCAUCAACGUGACUCACUCCUCGCUGGUGUGCGGCGAGGCCUGGGGGACGGACCCGCACUUCAGCUGGCUCCACGAGAGAGUCGCCAUCAGCACGACAGUCGGAAAAGUCUCCGGAGAUGGGUCGAUGUUGUCGGUGACCAUGACCCCCAUUUGUGGCCACUUCACCUGUUUGGUUAGCAACAAGAUGGGCUACAGUUCUGCCACCUACACUGCAGCACCUUGCGAGACGGAAGGCAGAGGGAUGACGGCGGUUGUCGUGUGUCUUGUUCUCCUGCUGCUGUUCGGAGGAGCGCUGGCACUUCUGCUGUGGCGGAGACGCCGGCACAACAACCGAGGAGACAGCCUGCAUGAGCGUUUGGAAGAAACCAUCUGAGAGAAAAAAGAGCCUCAUUUCCUGUCCUGGGAGCGGUAUGACCUCACACGGCGGUGGAACAAUGUGAAGAGUGAACUGCUCACUGGAAGAUAAAGAUACUAAAUAAAUAUCUAAAACUGGACAUUCGGCUCGACGUGCCAGCAGCGUCGCUACACUUCCUCCUGCUGGGCUGUAUCUGACACUGUAUUUUAAUACUGAAAGCACUGAUCAUUUUGUAUCGUCUAUCCUUUGUAUUUAAAAUGUACUGUAUUGCCUUCAUAAUAAAACCUCUUUUCAAUAUGUGA